CUAGGUUCACAUAUGUGCUGGUGGUGCCGCUGCUGAUCAGUGCGAAAAAUCUGUGCAGCCGCACAGAGAAAUGUGGACACACAGAUGGGUGCCAUUAGUUCUAAUGGCAUGCCACCCGCACUGUCAAACGCAACCGUACUGGGAACUGAGGUUCCUGUGCGGGCUGCAUUUUUCCAAAGACGUGCAGGGACUUCUUCCCUGUGUGUCACGGUGCACGGGAGUCCAUUCAAAUGAAUGGGCUCUCGUACCCACACAAAACACAGCCCGCACGGCUGUAUAUAUGUGAACCAGGGGUAAAUAC